CGGCCUGUUCUCUCUCCUCAUGCUCGACCUCUGUUCCAUUUCGCACAAGGGCGGCCUCGUCUUGUGGUCCCGCUCCUUCACCCCCGCCGCAUCCCAGUCCGUAGCGUCCUCCGCGUCACCCGUCAACUCCCUAAUCCGGGAGGCUCUCAUCGAGGGCCGCACGGCGGAGAACAAGUACGAGAAGGAUGGCUACUCUGUGAAAUGGACCUUCGUGAACGAUCUCGAACUUAUUUUCGUAGUGGCAUACCAGCGAAUUCUGCAACUGACCUACGUCGAUGAGCUUCUCGCCGCCCUCAAGACCCUCUUUGUGAAGCUAUUCCAGCCGUUUCUGGCUACGUUCGUAGCCUCUCUCCAUGCCGCAAGCACCGGAGCGCUGUCUUCCAACGCAAGUCAGGCAGCCGCUACGUGGAACUUUGCAAAGGCUUUCGACGGCUGGGACAACGUCUUUGACAAGCUUCUCAGAGGCCUAGAAGACAAGGCAGCUCAGGACCGGAAAACGCGUGUUGGCCAUGUCCCUCGCUCCACCGUCGAUCCAAGUCCGCCCUCCGACGAUCCUAGCACGAUCCCUUUGCAUGAUAGCGAAGCAUCUGUCGAUGAGCAACAGAUAGCACGCAAUGUCCAGGCAUUGAAGACACGCCUCCGGGGAAGAGGCGGACGAAUGGGCAAGCGCGGAGGUGGCCGUGCGGACAUAGGAAGCGGGAGAGAUAGUCAUCCUGGUUCCGAUUCCGACACGCCCACCAAGCGCAAGCCCAAAGGGAAAGCACAACGCAAAUGGGGCGACGAAGCCCCUUCCGAGUCCGAUAUGGCCUCGCUAAAUUUCAGCUACGAAAAGAUUGACUCAAGUGACGCUGGGUCAUUAGACCUGUCUGCACUCGUGGAUAAAGGCUCUCUGGGCACCCGCACUCAGGAUGGCCUCUACGAAGUCAAAGAUUGGGAGUUCAGCGCUGCAGAUGAUGUCAUUUCUAGAGUGAUACAGGAUGGCGCGCCAAGCGCGAAAGCUAGCGCAACACCAGGAUCGCUCGGCGCACUAGGCUCUAUCUUUGCACGGCUCACCGGCUCGAAGGUCCUCACGGAAGACGACCUGAAGCCGGUCCUGGAAGCCAUGAAGCAGCACCUGAUGAAGAAGAAUGUGGCAAAGGAAAUCGCAGACAAGGUCUGCGAAGGUGUGGGCGAUGGCCUUGUUGGCAAGAAAGUCGGAGGGUUCCAGACGACUAAUGCGGCUGUUCGGCAAGCACUGUCGAAUUCGCUCACGAGGAUCCUCACGCCGAAGACUUCAACCGACCUGCUGCUGUCAAUCCGCACGAAGCUCUCGUCACCUCUGCCGUCAACGCAGCAGAGACUGCCGUAUAGUAUCACGUUCGUCGGUGUCAAUGGCGUUGGCAAGAGCACGAACCUCUCCAAGGUUUGCUUCUGGCUUAUCCAGAAUGGCCUCAGGGUGCUCAUCGCAGCCUGCGAUACUUUCCGGAGCGGCGCUGUCGAACAGCUCCGAGUGCAUGUCCGAAACCUGAGUAUGCUGGGUGUCAAUGGAGCGACUAACAGUAAGAGCCGCGUAGAGCUCUACGAGCGAGGCUAUGGCAAGGAUGCUGCCGGCAUAGCUAAAGAAGCCAUUACAUACGCGCGUGACAACGACUUUGACGUCGUGCUUAUCGAUACGGCCGGCCGUAUGCAAGAUAACGAGCCCCUCAUGCGUGCUCUGGCUAAGUUGGUCGCCGUGAACAGUCCUGACAAGAUCAUCUUCGUCGGCGAGGCUCUAGUCGGCAACGAAGCCGUCGACCAGCUGACAAAGUUCGAUCGCGCCCUGCGCGAUUUCUCGGCGUCCUCGGGUGGCAGGGAACGAGGUAUCGACGGCAUGCUCGUCACCAAGUGGGACACCGUCGAUGACAAGGUGGGCGCCGCGCUGUCGAUGACCUAUGUCACCGGUCAACCUAUCAUCUUUGUUGGAUGUGGCCAGACGUACACGGAUCUUCGGCAAUUGCGCGUCGCUAAUGUCGUACAGGCCAUCCUCAGCGACUAGUGUACAACCGACAAGUGAUGGCCCCAUCCCGCAUCUUAGAAUGUACAAUAACUGUAAUCUAUUGUAUAUCACCUAAUGUGAAGAAGGCUGACGUUUUGCGUUGGGCGAAGACGAGCCGUC